AUGGGAACGGCGGGGCCGCAGGGCGGGGCGCCGCCGGUGUCACUGCGGUUCGACGGCGGAGGCCUGGCCCGAAGCAACUGUAACUUAAAUGAAAGCUUGAAACUUCUGCAUCUGUCGCAGAAUGACAAUUAUUUUUCCCCCAAGACUGUUAUCUUAUCUUCCUUACUCAGCGUUUUCUUCUUCUCCCUUCAGGCCCAAUUAAAAUAUCUUCAGUGCAUAGCAAUUUCCUGCCUCGUCCUUGCAGCAAAAACCAAUGAAGACGAUGAGGUAAUACCAUCGGUGAAGAUGCUCGCAGUGCAGAGUGGCUGUAAACGCUCUCCAGCUGAGAUCUUGAGAAUGGAAAGAAUUACACUAGAUAAGCUUCACUGGGAUUUUUACACAGCAACACCAAUGGAUUUCUUAAACAUUUUCCAUGCCAUGGUGAUGUCCAACGGGCCCCAUCUACUACAUGGGCUGCCUCAGAGGAAUCCUUCCCGCCAUGUCGCGUUCUUGACCAAACAGCUACAGCACUGUAUGGCGUGCCACCAACUAGUGCAGUUUAAGGGCUCCACACUGGUUUUGGUGAUCAUCACCUUGGAGCUGGAGAGGCUGACUCCUGAAUGGUUUCCUGUUAUUACUGAUCUGCUAAAAAAAGCACAGGUAGGAAGCACUGAAAUCAUCCACUGCCAAGAGCGUGUGGCUCAAGAGUUAAUGUGCUGGCAGCCGUCCAACGCAGGAGGCUAUGAACGGCACCAGGGAGAACCAAACACCUCAGAAUUUACUUAAUGCGUUAACUUUAUUUGUGAUGAAGGGCGACAGACUGAGCCUUUCAUCCAGCUCAGUCCAUUGCUCUCUAAUUAGAGCUAAUUGACUUGCCCCAUGGGAGAGUGGAGAAGAGCUGCUUCCGAGGAAGGGGGAGCUCCCGCUGCUGGCUCGGUAAGAGCAGUCCUCAGGUGGAACCAAGGUUUGGAUUCACAGUGAGAAGACUGAGAACCAAACCCUGCAGUUUUUCUUAGGGCCUUACUCUGGAAUCCCAGAGGUCUGAGGUCUGUGCCCCUUCCUGCUUACACCAUUACAGACCCAAUCCCAGCUCCUACAGCCGUGGGAAAUCGCUUCUUGUCCACAAUCACUGUUGCCUUGGGCCCUCACCCCAACCAGCACGUGCCAUUCAGGGGUUUUUGAAUUUAUUCUGUUUUACCAGACUAGACAAUACAAAAUGCCUUUAAUUAAUUCCCCACCACCACGUUAGAUUUUAUUAACUGCUAAUCUCCAUAGCAAAGCAUUUUUAUAAGUUACAAAGGUCAGUUUAAACCUCUACUGCACUUCUUAAAAUCAGCCUUACACAUUCUUUUAAGAUAAGUGUUUUCUUUAGGUUUUUAUGUUGCUGUUCUUGUUUUAAACAAUAGGGCCAGCAUUUUCAGGUGAUUGUUAUCCUGGUGUGAAGGUGCAAUCCAGACAGUACUGGAUGAAUAACACCACCACACCUGCCAGUCCUGUCACAGAGCAGGAAAGGGUUUCAUAGGGACCGGCACAGGCUAAAUGCUGAGCAGGUGUCUCACCUAAUGACACAGGAUAAAUAAAUAUGGGACAGGGAUGAGACAGGAGCAAGGAGACCCUCACGCUGCAUUACAGCAGCACUCAUUAGCGCAGGAAUAAAGUUUCUGGCCUUCCUCCCCUUGCUCAUCAUCUUACCUUGUAGGAGAGGAAUUCCCGAACACCGGGCUGAGCAGGACUGAUGUCCCGCGCAGCUCCCCUGACAGAUAACGCUUCCUAAAGUAUUAUGUUUGCCAGAACUGGCACCGAGAACAGAGCGAGCUUUGUGUGUGUGCAGGGAAAAAGCCAUGCUUUUCUUUUUAAACCGCAAAGAAAGUGGUGCCAAGUGUUCCAGAAAGAAACAUUUAGUAGUAGAGACUCAUUGCAGAUGCCACGUGUGAGCAGAUGUGACUUGAACCAGCGCUGAAGGAGAUCCCACCAGGCCAGGCAAAGCCAACACAACCUGUGACUGCUGUGCUGCCAGGGCAGCUCUGCCCUGGCACGGGGAUGCCACAGGACCAGGAAUCAGCGCCCAGUUUUAGACCAGACGAGGUUCCACAGGUACCUGCGCAGCCGGCGGACAGGCGGCAGCAUAUUUGUUCAUCCUGCCUAUGGACCACAGGGGUUUUGAUUGUGUAAUAGGGCUCUCCUCUCCCCCCAGUGCAGCACCUUCCUUUUCUAUCACAAGCUGUGACUUGACUGCCUGAUUUUUUGAAGGAGGCAAGUUGUCUUUUGUAGUUUUCAUUACACAAAAUACAAGUUUGGUCUGCACGUUCUUGGUGUGCUGCUUGAAGAGUCCAGCCAAAAGCCCACAAAGGUCAUCCUGGGGUGUGUGUCUGGUGCUGCUUUCCUCCCAUCCCUUUGCCCUGUCUCAAGCACCACCACCAGCUGCGUUAACCAGUGGAAGUGCUAGCAGAAACAAUCCACACGCAGUAAUUAACAUACUGUAACUUUAUACCACAACAACCACAUGUGAUGUUUCUCCCCCCAGCUUUGAGCCUACAUAACAUGGUUUCUUGCCCAUAAACUGGAUGACACAUUACAAGCCAUGAACAAACCCGCUUUUCCAAACCUCUGCACAUCUGUAUGAUCAACACUCAAAAGGAUACGUUAACAGGGGGUUCAUUCUAGAAGAUGAAGUCAGUGCUGAAAGGCCCACCAGAGUCCUGUGUUCCCAGUCAGGGUGCGAGGUGCCAUACUGGGAUGGGAACAGUAAAUCUGGAGCCUGGCUGCUCUCCCGGGACAUGCUGCUGCUUCUCUGGCAGCACAGGUCCUUCCUGCACACCCAUUCCCGUGCCGGAGAUACCAUAAAGGAGCUAACGCUUGUGGCUUGGUCUCAGCAGCCUAGAAGUGCCGCUUACCUUUGCGUUCCCGUCAUCGUCAAGAGUGGAGCUUCCUGCCCUAAAGAACAAGCUGCAAAGCUGCUGUUGCAAAGGGAUCAUUCUUGUCAUGGAAAAAGCAUUUUUGACAGCAAGAGCUGCACAAAUUCCCUUCGGACUGGCAGAACAGAGUCUUAGGCUGGUAACAUCUUUCCCCUCUCUGCCUGGACAGGUACCAGUAACAAGACCAACACACCACACGCCCGGGUCACAGCAGUAACAGGAGCAAGCAUUUUGCCCAGCUGAGUUUCACAGGUGAUGAAUAUCCCACUUCUGCGCCUGCCUGGACGGCGCACAGCCUGCACGCUGCAGACACCUGCAGCUAAACUCACCCCUGGGGGUCCCAUAACCGUUUUGCUACACACCAGUUACUGGCAGGAACAAGCCAGGAUCAGCCGGCACAGCAAGUGCUGGCACAGAUUAGACAUAUUUAGGGCUAAUUUUGUAAGGAUUGCUGUUUUGGGGAAGAUUCAGUCCCUGUAAAAGUCCAGAGAACAUUUACAGAGUAUUUCAAAGAGUUCUUAGGGUGCCCCAUCUUGACCUGGUAAGGACGGCUGCUUCCUCCCCGUCUCUGGGCACAAGCCCAGCGCAACUCCCCGGCCCUCGGCAGAGAAGUGAGGGGAGAUUCAUGUCAGCAAUAGCAGGAGCCCAUCUCCAGUAGAGGCUCAGCCCAGGUGAGGCACCUCUCCAGCCCAGACCCGAGGCACCCAUCUUUCUCCAGCCCAGACCCCGAGGCACCCGUCUCUCUCCAACCCAGACCCCGAGGCACCCGUCUCUCUCCAGCCCAGCCUCCCUCUGCUGCUGCCUUACUUCAGGACAGAUUUCCAGAUGCCUGAAGUUAACGCCACCCUGUAAACAAAGCUGCAGUUACAUCCGAAAUCCCCUACGCUAAGUACCCAUGGAAUUGUUUCGUCCUUCAAGAAGUUUCCUGGCAGACACCACUGCUGCUCAGAUGCUGAAUCAGAACCAAGACAUAAACCAAACAUUAAAUCAUCCUCAGAAACAGCAAAGCAAUUUAGAGUUAUCUCCAGUUACCACCGCAUCUCCGAUUCAUAAACCACCACCAAAAGGAAACGUGUCACAGAUAAAUUAAUGAGAACCAUUACGAGGAAGGAUGAAGCUGCCUCACUGCGGACCCACGUUCACCACCGCGUUUCAGAUAAUAAACCUGACUCAGCACUGCUACUUACGGUGGGCGUGCGAUGACCUAGAAGAAGAGUUCAUUUACACAGUUGCACAAAUAAAGAAACUUCUGUGGUCAGAGAAUUGAUCAAGAUAGAAGAAAACAGCAGAGGGAAGAGUAAUACUCAAUCGUCAUUUUACCGUAUUACAGGUUUCUGACAAAAUUCGUUGAUACAUCAAAGAAACGCAGAGAAGCGAUUCACAGCAACCAGCACCGGGGGCACAGGAAGCCCCUCCAGAGCAGCCCACCGCGGCACAUCACCGGUACCAAGUGCUUUCAGACACGUAUAAAGCCUUUAUAUCUCCUUUGUGGGGUUGCCUCUAUGUGGUUGUUUGGGAUUUGUUUCCUAAUUGUCUUUAGUGUUUUAAAUUCAAUUUGACGAGUACUUACAGUUCAAUUCUUUAAGAAUGCGGAAAAGUGCACUUGGAUCGAGUGAUGCAUUAACUCCCAGCCGUUCUCAGCAGCUCCCCCUCGCUCUUCCUCGGCAAGGCGUGCAACUUGAAUCCCACCGGUGACCAAACUAUGGUCAUGGCAAAGAGAACUUAAUCAAAUCUCCUGAGCAAUCUGGGGGGAGGGAGACCCAAUUCACCUGUCUGGGUGGGAAUCUAACUUGACAAUAGCUCCAAAGUGGAUUAAAGUUUUGCCAAGGGAAUUUGCCUCAAGAGAGAACAGAGGCAAGUUUCAAACGGCCAUCAAAGCAGCAGCAAAGGGCGUCUCAUUGCCCAGCUCAGCCCGAUGGACACCGCCUGCCCCAGCUCUCCUCCUGCUUGGCGCAGGCACAACAGACACGCAGGCAGACAGAGCCACCAGAGGUGGACUUCCAGCCCUGAACCCCCGAGAGACAGCCUGGUCAGACCCCGGCUGCUUCUCACUUGGUCCCACUGAUGGCCAUGAUGCCUCGGCCCCGCGGGCUGCAGCAGCGGGGACAGGCAGGGACGAGCCGUGUGGCGUGGACACCCUUGUCAGGGGGCUUAGUGCCUCCUGCCUGCAAGCGGCAGGAGUUUCCAGAACUUCCCCAUGUGCCCAGUUUGGUUAUUUUCAGACCACAUACCUGUUACUCACCAAGACUUAUUCCCAAAUUCUAAUUUAUGCCAAUGGCAUCCAGAGGUUUCGGUGACUGUUAGGUACAACGCACCCCGGGGACGGGAGCUCAGUGCCUGCGGCAGCCAGUGCCUCUACACCAUCCUCUCGGUCUCAAUGAACUCCUGGGUGGUGAUGGAGACCCAGCCUGCUCAGCGGGAACCCCCCUGGGCUCCUGUCACCCACCCCGCUGCUCACAGCCAGACUGUGUCCCACCCCGGUCACCCCACACAAGGCGGGGGUGCGGGGGGCGAGCGUCCUCCAAACCUCUGCCCGAGGGCUGGUCUUCUGCUGGCCCUACGCCCCCAGCACCGUGUCAGGGCACCCGGGGGCAAACAGCCGCUUGGGGAAGGGGAGGGGGGUCUGCUGGCAGCAGCCCCCCCAAAUGUAUAGGGACACACAGGGGACAUCACACUAAACACAGACACACAGGGUAAGGGGGUUAACAGAGAGAAACUGGAAUAACAGCGAGGGUUGUGAAUUUGGACACAGCACUCUGUGGUUCCAGUGAACAUAACUAACACACAAAAGGUGGUUUUAACAGAUGUUUGUUAAACAAGUCAGCUUUGUUUUUAUUAAACCCAGCUUUGGUACAAGCAGGUCAUUCCUGAGAUUCAU